AUGCUCGAACUUGAGCUUAAUUUGGAGUUACAAAAUAGUAAACAACUUAGUGCUAGACUGGCUAAAGCAACUUCUACAAAUGAACUUAAUUCAAAGUAUGCUGAACAAUCAUUUAAAAAUACUUUAUAUGAGGAUCUUACCAAUUUAUUGAUCCAAAAUGUAAAAAUAAGAUCUGCUGGCGAAUUUACACUUUCAUGUUUUCAAAAUAGUAAAAAAGGUGAUUUAGUCUUUAAACUUUCAGCCACGCCUGAUCAUCCAGGUAUUUAUGUGUAUUCUCCUUGUAUUGAUCCUACAAGGGAUUCUAUAUUGUUGAAAUCGUUACCUCAAUUUCUUCAAGAAGAAAUUUUAUUUUCAAAAGAAAAAACAUCUGAAUUCUACUGGAAACUUUUACAUGCUUUAAAUUAG